GUGAGUUAGAUUAUUUUCAGAUCAUUUUGAAGCAAAUAUUCUAGGCUACAAGAUCCAGUUCUCAAAAGUCUUGUGAACAAAUAUUCUGUAUGUGUUUUAUGGCCUUAUUUCAGUUACUUUAAAAUUGUAGCUUUUUUCUAACCACACAUAAACGUUGUUUUCUCAAAAACACAAUCAUGUACGUACAAGCUGCUCACAUAUUAUUGUAGUAAAUUAGUUGCAGUUUUGCAGGUUAACUUUUAUGCGCUUUUUGUUUUGUUUUUUCACAGCGGAAAUAUUUUUUUUUUUUUCGUAAAAGAAAGAAAUAGGCUACAUCACAAUAUAAAGACGUCCCCAUGCUCUUCUGUUGUGAACCUCACCUUUAUUACAUGAUUUAUAGGGAGUUCUUGCAGAUUUCUACUGUACCACUGCUUCCUACGUUCUUUGCUGAGCUUGACCGGAACUGACCACGAUUGAUGGAGAUCUUCAGUAGAAAAGGCGGGCAAUCAGAAAAAUAAAUAAAUAAAUAAAACAAUUCACACAGAUCAUGGUUGCCAUCUCCAAGGAUGAUACUAUACACACCAGAAGAGCCUGUGUCAUCAAAUCGCUGUGCACCUACUUGAAUGAAGGCCCUGAAAAACUAGUGAAGGCAUAUUUUGAUUCAGACAUUGAGUCACAAAGUACCAUGGAGCAACUGUGAUUGGAGUGUAUAACAUACUGAAGGAGGGAGCGCUGCAUUAUGAUGUCUUAAUUGAAGAGGACAAUUACUCACAUGAGCUGUGGAUGGGGAGGAGAUGGAGAUGUAGUAUAAAUAUCUCGUCUGCUGUGGAGACAAACAACAGUACGAGCAACGAGCUGGUUAAAGCAGGACUUACUGUUCACUUGCUGCAGCACUUCAAGUUUUCGGUUCAGUUUCUCUUGAACAGACAAGAACUAAAACCAUCAUGCCUAUUGCAUACAACCCUUCCAAAAGCCUCUGCAGCGUUGGCCGUUUCCCAGCCAUUAGACUGCAGGACGAUCACUACAGGAGAGCAGGAUGCUACUCAUCGCUCUGUCACUACAAGCCAUGAAUAUGAGAAAAAGGAAGUUGUUGUCAAGGGAUAUGUGGAUGAUUUCGCAGGCACACGAGUCUGUGGAGUAGAGAAUGCUCUCCUCCGGGUGAGUAAGGUUGACCUUAUCAGAUGCAGGACUGGACUGAAUCGUCAGGAGCAUCACACACAUUUUUUCCAUGAUGAUCGUCUCAUCGUCCGCAGAGGACAGUCUUUCAAUAUGUGGGUUGAUCUGUGCCGUCCUUUCAAUCCCAGUUCUGACAAGCUUCACCUGGAGCUCAAUCUAGGUCACAUCCCAUCCAUCCGGGACGGCACACAUGUGAUCGUUCCAAUAGUGGAAGAAUUCAGUAGUGGCUGCUGGGGGGCAAAGAUUGUGGAACGAGUACAAAACCGAAUCAGACUGUCUGUGCACUCUCUUCCGACUGCUUGCGUUGGACGAUACCAACUCAGUGUCGUGACACACUGUGCAGGAGGCAGAUUCGCUUUACCUUAUGUUCCUGAAAAUGACAUUUACAUGCUGUUCAACCCCUGGUGUAAAGAUGACUGUGUGUACCUGAGUGAUGAGGCGGAGAGAGCUGAGUAUGUGCUGAAUGACAUGGGCAGAAUCUGCUAUGGAACUAAGCAGCAGAUUGGCUGCAAAACAUGGCACUUUGGUCAAUUUGAGGAGGGAAUCUUGCCUGCAUGUAUGUAUGUGUUGGAGAGGAGCGGUACACCUUGCUCAGGAUGGGGAAACCCAAUUAACAUUUCCAGAGUGCUGUCUGACAUGGUUAUUGCCAACAAAGACUGUGGUGUGCUGAUGGGUAACUGGUCAAACUGCUAUGGAGAUGGAAUUUCUCCGACAUCCUGGUGCGGCAGCAGUGCCAUCCUGAGACAAUACUACAAAUGUGGAGGAGUACCUGUCAAAUAUGGACAGAGUGUGGCCUUUGCUGGAGUCACCAACACACUGUUGAGGUGUUUGGGUAUUCCUGCUCGCCCGGUCUCAAACUUCUUUUCUGCUCAUGACACUGAUGUUAGUUUGACAACUGACGUCUAUUUCGAUGAGAAAUUCCAGCUGAUGGACCACAUGAACCGUGAUUCAAUCUGGAACUACCACGUGUGGAAUGAGGCCUGGAUGACUAGAUCAGACCUGCCAUCUGGUUUCGGAGGUUGGCAGGUGCUUGAUUCCACUCCUCAACUGACCAGCCAGGGCUUCUUCCGCUGCGGCCCCACCUCUGUUGCUGCGAUCCGCAGCGGGCAGGUCUUCAUGAAGCAUAAUGCGCCCUUCAUUUUCGCAGAAGUGAAUAAUGAUAAAGUUUACUGGCAGAGGAGAUGUGAUGGUACAUUUGGUGUUGUCCACGUUGAGAAGGAUGUAGUAGGUCACUGCAUCAGCACCAAGGCUAUCGGCUUAGAUCAACGCAUAGACAUCACAAACCUCUACAAACACCCACUUGGUUCUUCUGAGAAGUUAACUGCUUUGGAAACAGCUGUUCGUCAUGGCUUAAGAAGAUCCACAUACCCACUGCCCAGUGCUGCGGAUGUUGUCUGUGAAGUCAGCCUGAAAGGGGAUGGACCAUAUAUUGGCAAAGAAGCUGCGCUUUGCAUCAAUCUAAGAAACAAAUGCAGCUCAGCUCGUAGCAUCACCCUCCACAGCCACGCUGCAGCCAUGUACUACACCGGAGUAAGGAAGACCUUCCUGAAGAGAGACCAGACAUGCAUUGAGCUCAAGGCCUCUGAAUGCAGAACUCUGGAUUGGACCCUGAGUUAUGAUGAGUACAAGGAACACGUGGUGGAUCACGCCUCUCUGAUGCUCAACCUCUUUGGACACGUGACUCAGACUAAGCAGGUUUUGGCCACCCAGUACAACUUCAGACUGCGCACACCAGACCUUGUUAUCGCUCCUGUAUGUGAUGCUGUCUUGGGUCAAGAAGUGCCAGUCAAAGUCACUUUCCAGAAUCCACUGCCUUGUGUCCUGAAGAACGGUGUAUUCCGCUUUGCGGGACUUGGACUGCCGCAUGCCAGAGUUAUCAACUAUGGUGACAUUGCAGGGCAUGCCACAGUGUGCCUGACGGAGAAGUUUAUUCCCAAGUGUCACGGCUCACAUAAACUUCUGGCCUCAUUUGAUUCUCCUCAGCUCACUCAGGUGCAUGGAUGCGCCAACAUUGCUGUCAAACAGCACUGUUAAACCAAUCAAAUUACUAAAACAAACGUCAAGGAAAUGUCACGGCUCCGCUGAAUAUAAAGCACUAACAUAAAACUGAAUUGCAGAAUUAGAUAACGACUGUUAGUUUCUCUUAACCUACAAGCUGUAAACAUUAAACUUCUCACAGUGCAUUUAGUCAUGAUGUAGGACAAUUGCACUUAUGCUUUAUGCAAGACACUGUUGUCUUUUCAUCUUUUCUGAUUUUUUUUUUUUUUUUUGUUGUUUAGUUU